AUGAACAAGGCACUGGAUCAACUCUCCAAGUCGCCUUUCAUGCACCACAUAGAAGGGGCCAUACUCCCUCGACUGUUCCAGCAGCCAACCUUCGCCAUUUACAACGGUAGAACAGACCCGGAAGAGCAUGUGAGCCAGUUCAACCAAAGGAUGACUGUCCAUUCUAGGAACAAGGCGCUGAUGUGCAAGGUCUUCUUGUUUAGCUUUGGACCAGUGGCGAUGAGGUGGUUUAAUGGUUUGAAGACAAACUCCAUCGACUCGUAUAGGCAGCUGACCCAAGCUUUUGGCUCCCGCUUCAUAACGAACCGCAGAGCCCCUCGGCCUUUGAGCGCUUUGUUGUCGUUAUACAUGCAUGACGGAGAAACCUUAAAGGCUUACUCGGAUAGAUAUUGGGAGACGUACAAUGAAAUGGAAGACAACUUUGACGACGUCGCCAUUAUCACUUUUAAAAACAGUCUCCCAGCCGAUCACGGCCUACGGAAGUCUCUGACUGGCAAGCCCGCCACCAGUAUACGUUAA